CAGACUCAGAGUCAGCCGCCGCCUCAUUUUUCUCAGGAGCACAAGCACCUCAUUUUCUUCUUCCGACAUAUAUAAAUAUUCUCUCCCCCUUCCGCUUUCCCCUUCCCUUUUUUUACCUUAGCUUGUAGCUCCACCGUGCCCUCUCAGGAUACAGAGGAACCGUCCCACAGCCACCAAUGGCGUCCUCUGCCUUUGCUCCGCCUUCCUCGUCCUUAAUCAGCAACACGAAAGAUUUCGGCCUUUCUUCCGCAAAAUGCAAGAGACCAGCUCCCAGGAGGAUCGUCUCGGUCAUGGCUCCGCAGCAGACACAGCGCACACCUGCCACGACAGGCUCAGUGAAGACUGCGAUGACAAUGACUGAGAAGAUACUGGCGAGGGCUUCGGAGAAGCCGUCGCUGGUGCCGGGAGAGAAUGCCUGGGUUAAUGUUGAUAUCUUGAUGACUCACGACGUCUGUGGGCCCGGUUCCAUCGGCAUAUUCAAGAGAGAGUUUGGCCAAAAUUCUAAGGUCUGGGAUCGCGAGAAGGUUGUCAUCAUACCCGACCAUUAUAUAUUCACAGCUGAUGAACGGGCAAACCGUAAUGUUGAUAUCUUGAGAGAUUUCUGCAAGGAGCAAGAUAUCAAGUAUUUUUACGAUAUCACGGAUCUGAGUAAUUUUAAGGUUAAUCCAGAUUAUAAGGGUGUGUGUCACAUUGCUCUUGCCCAAGAAGGUCAUUGCAGGCCUGGAGAGGUUCUGUUAGGGACAGACUCCCACACAUGCACUGCUGGAGCAUUCGGACAAUUUGCAACGGGCAUUGGCAAUACUGAUGCUGGUUUUGUACUGGGUGCUGGAAAGAUCCUUCUGAAGGUUCCGCCUACAUUAAGAUUUGUGCUUGAUGGUGAAAUGCCGGACUAUUUGCUUGCAAAGGACUUGAUUUUGCAGAUUAUUGGUGAAAUAUCUGUCGCGGGUGCAACAUACAAGGCAAUGGAAUUUGUUGGUUCAACUGUCGAAAGUUUAAACAUGGAAGAAAGGAUGACAUUGUGCAACAUGGUGGUUGAAGCGGGGGGAAAGAACGGAGUUGUUCCUGCUGACAGCACCACAUUUAAGUACCUUGAGGGAAAGACUUCUUUGCCUUAUGAACCAGUUUAUAGUGAUCAGAGUGCGAGGUUUGUUUCUGAGUAUAGGUUUGAUGUGUCAAAGUUGGAGCCAUUGGUGGCAAAGCCUCAUUCCCCGGAUAAUCGAGCCUUGGCAAGAGAAUGCAAGAAUGUGAAGAUUGACAGGGUGUACAUUGGAUCUUGUACUGGUGGGAAAACAGAGGAUUUUCUUGCUGCUGCAAAAGUUUUCCUGGCAUCGGGCAAGAAGGUCAAAGUUCCCACUUUCCUUGUUCCUGCAACACAGAAGGUGUGGAUGGACGUAUAUACCAUGGAAGUACCAGGAUCAGGUGGGAAGACUUGCUCGCAGAUAUUUGAGGAAGCAGGCUGUGACACGCCCGCAAGCCCUAGCUGUGGGGCCUGUUUGGGUGGGCCCAAGGAUACUUAUGCACGAAUGAAUGAGCCUCAGGUAUGUGUUUCCACAACAAACAGGAACUUCCCGGGACGAAUGGGGAACAAGGAAGGACAGAUAUAUCUCGCUUCUCCUUACACUGCAGCUGCCUCCGCCUUGACUGGCUACGUCACUGAUCCCAGAGAGUUCUUGCAGUAAAUUCGGCGAUUUACCAUCGUAAAUAAAUGCAUCUGUUCCGUAUGGUACUAUUUGAUGUCAACUACAGCUUGAUAGAGCUAUCUAUUUGUGUUGAGCUAGGAUGGUGUGACUCCGAGGUGUGUUAAUUUGUAGUAAGCUGGAGAGACAGAACCAUGUUGAGCCAAUGAAACCCGAUGUGGUUUUUGCAUGUAUCGCAAGAUUUUCAUGCUUUCACUUUAAUCUUAUAUAUCUUCUAUAACUAAUGAAAAGGUGCUGAUGUAUCAUCAAUAAAUCGAGAAUUCUUCUUGUUC